GGAAGAUUAAGCCGUUGAUACACCACCAAUACCAUCGUCGACAAGGCCUUUGGAUUAUCGCUACCUCUCCCAGCCUAACAGGGUCAUCCGUACUGCCCGCUAAUCACGCAUCUAGCCUUUCUCCGCUUGCAGGAAGCCUCAUCCGACCCAAAGAAUUUCUGCCACACCGUCCCCCACACUCUCGCCCCAACCCGACGACGACAACGACCGGUCAAACGUUGUGGCUGGCGUGGUCGAUUGCAAGUACACCGAGUCUUCAGGGGCCGGCAGCCCAUCGUUCAUGUGUUUCUCCUCCAUCGCAUGGCAUCGCUCAGGCUUGCAAGAUCUGCUGUGCAGGAUCUCACUGCCGCAGACGAGUCUUCAGCCCAGUUGAAAGCCCUGAAAAGAAUCAAAGGUGACCUGACCGGGCAUGUCUCGCGCAAGAUCGAAUACAUUCAGAAUGGCCUCAUCCCCCAUCUUGCAAAGCUCCUCGCCGAUGUUGCCACUCAGCAGGCUGCCCUCGAACAGGAGCAGUUGGUGACAACUCAGGCUGCCCAGAUCCUUUGUGUCGUUGCCCACGAGGGACCCUCCUUUGUACAACCGCUACUCGAAACCGAUGUCCUGCAGAGACUGGUGUCUUUUCUUCCCCGACAGCUCUCUGCCAGAACCCGCCUUGCCAUCCUCAAAUGUCUCAACGCAGUCGCUGAUAAUCUUCCCCCCGCAACCGCCGCCAGUUGGCCGCAAAGUUCGAAACUCGCCGAUCUCCUGUACUCAAAGAGAUACAUACAUUGCUUUGGAAACAUAAUUGGAGAUGCUAAUGCGACCCUAGCGUCUCAACAAGCGUGUGAUUCUAUCUUGGCUCUUCUGUGUAAGACCGUGACACACGAGGCUCAGAAGCGUGCAUUGGGCGAGAUAGGUGUCUUGGCCUUGCUUUCGGCCCGGUUGGCAUCAUUUGUGGUUGCAGAAGGUCUCGUCCCUCCUGGCUCUGAAGCCUUGGACGCCGAUGGUAGUAUCCCAACUGGUGUCCCAGACCCGGCGCCAUCGUGUGCCCAUCUCUCCCCAGUACUCGAGGCACUUUGUGUCUUGGUAGAGGGCUCCAAAUCACGAACGAAGGCCUUCUUGACAGAUCCCACUAUCAAGGCUGUCCUUCCUGACCUUCGAGACGACUUUUCACCUUCGGACAUCCGACGCGCGCCGUGGGGAGCAAGCUACUUUUCUGGCGCUGCAGUCCCGCGCUCACGCUUGCAUGGACCUUUCGAUUCUCUUCUCCCAGUCGCACCAAUAUCCGAAAAGGCCAAUGCUGCGCAGCCCGGCUUUCCUCCUCUCAGCUCGGUCACGGCGAUGCCCAAGCGCCGACCAUCUUUUCUCCCAACAACGAGCGGAGCACCAAACCUGAAUUUAACCCAAGAUGCUGUAGAGGAUGUCGAAGAGAGCGCCAUUAUCUCGUGGCUAUUAUAUGUCGUUCGGGAGUCACGCGGACGACGUCGUCUUCUGGCGGCGAGAUUACUAGUCAACCUGCACAGCCUGCAUUUCGUCAAGAAAGACCGUGGAUCGUCCUUUGCGUCCUUGUUGGUGCCACUCUUGACGAGGAUGCUGGACCCAGAGUUAGCGCAAUUCGAGGCAUCAUAUCCAGCCAGCAGGACACAUCUUUGUGCUGGCAUGCAUUACGCACGGGCCGUCCCAGCGGUACUAGCUGCGCUUAUCAUGGACGAUCCCGAGAUGCAGAAAGUAGCUGUCGAGGGCAAGGCCAUUGUCAAUCUGUCUAUUGGUCUGAAAAUGACCUUUGAAGGACCCUCGGGUCGCAUAUCAUCGCCCUGGCGUCCACACAAAACGGACAAGAUGGAUACGGAUUCAACAACCCCCGGUACAACUAUUGGGCCUGGUGGACCAACCUGGACGGCCAGGACGGAAAUGCAAUAUCGAGAAGGUUGUUUGAAAGCACUAGCAGCUAUUGCACCAUUUGAGGAGGACUACCGUGAACAAAUCUGCAACGAGAGUGUUUUACCAUGCAUCAUUCAGGCUUUGGAGCCUUGUGAGGCUCAAAUUGGCUCGAAUCAGGAAAUGGAAACGGGGGGAAACUCAGCUUCUGUGAUUUUGGCCGCGUGCGCGGCCGUAAGAGCAUUAGGAAGGUCUGUUCGCGCGCUACGGACAAAGCUCAUCGAGGCAGAGGUUGGCAAACCAAUCCUGAAGCUCAUGAAUUCGACCAAUCCAGAGCUGAGAAUUGCGGCCACGAAGGUUCUCACCAACCUGGCCAUGGACUUCAGUGCAGUCAAAGAGAGCGUAGGGGAAUCGACCGUGGUGAAGAAACUGUGCGAGCAAGCCCAUUCGGCAAGCGCUCGGCUUCGGCACGAAUCAUUGUGGGCUCUCAAACAACUUGUGCUCAACGCCAACAAGAAGCUCAAGCAGGAGGUCGUGGACGAGUUGGGUUGCAGUUGGAUUAAGCUACUCAUAAAGACGGAUCCCAUCGAUAUACCGGAGGGCGAAGUGAUCGGGCUUGUGGAGAGGGACUACCCUCCAAUCACAACACACAGGCGAUCUGCCGCCUCAUCCGACAAUCCUCAAGAUGUCAUUAUGGGCGAGGGCUCUGAGCGGGAUGGCGAGAUCGAGGAAGACGCAAGCGGAGGGUCUGAAACGAUAAGUGAGCAGACCGGUGGAUUUGACACCAGGCACAGCGUGGACGAUGACAUCCAGAUCCAAGCACAGCUGCUGGAUCUCCUUCGAAAUCUUUUCUGCGGCAACAAUGCUUCUGAUCUGGUAAGAUAUGUCAUCGAUGAAAUGGGGCAGGACGACUUCUUCCGAAUAAUGCUCGAACGACUACGGCCACGGACGCACGCUGGGCCUACGCGCAAGGAGAACUAUACGACACCACCACCGAAUACAAUUGUUGUGAAGGUGUUGUUUGUCUUGGUGCAUAUCGCCGCUUGCGACCCGAAGUGGCGGAAUGUGAUCGCCUCACAACACGCGCUGCUCAAGCAAAUCCUGACCUUCUGCAACCACGCAGACCGGGAGAUUCGUUCCACAUGCUGUUGGAUCGCCAUCAACUUGACGUACGAGGACGACGCGAACGACCGAGCAGGAUGCAGGCACCGAGCCGCCGAGUUGCUAAAGGUCGGCUUCGUCUCGCAUCUGAGGAAGAUGGAAACUGACCUUGAUCUGGACGUGCGAGAGCGGGCGAAGACAGCGCUGCACCUGAUGACGAACCUGAAGUUGAUAGCAUAGAACGACGUUUGUCUUGAAAGCAGAGAUCAAAGGCUUAUGUGUAGCAACACGAAAAUAUUCGAUCAGCGGUUCGUGUAAGAAGGAGUCUUAUCAGUAUCUUGUGUAUCCUGCACGGAAAGCAAGCCUAGUCUAACAUGUUAGCGUGGUAUCGAGCAUUCAGUAAUCCAAGAAGCUGAUCCCAAAA